AUGUUCGAAGAUAAUAUACAUGAUAUUUAAUUUUUAAAGGGCACUAAUUCUUAUAGAAACCCUGUCUCUGUAUUCAACUUUAAGAUUUAAGCUUUAAAAUUUCUAAUUUUUAUGUCUUUUCCGAUUAAUAUAUCACCUAACAGAAAAACUAUUGAUUAGUAAAUAUAUUACAUGGAACAAAAAAAUAAAGAGGCUUCUAUUUAAAUUAAGAAAAGAAAACAUUGGACUUCAAAAGAAGACAAAUUGUUAGAAAAGGCUGUUCAACUGCAUAACUCAAAUUGGAAAACUAUAGCAGAGUAUCUAAUAGGAAGAAAUGCAAGUUAAUGUUAACAAAGAUGGAAAAGAAUUAAGCCUUAUUCUGUAUUCAAAAGUCUUACUUAUUUUAAGAUUGAAAAAAGGAAUUUUUGGUCUCCUUAAGAAGAUGAAUUACUAAAAGGACUUGCAACAUAACAUCACUUUGAAUGGAAGAAAAUUACAGGCUUUUUCCAGAAUAGAUCAAAUAAGCAAAUCCGAGAACGAUACAUCAAUCAUUUAGACCCUCUUAUAAAUAAAAAUCCAUGGACUGAAGAAGAAGAUUAAUCUGUAUGGGCAUUAUAUUAAUAAUUUGGACCGAGAUGGUCUAAAAUUUCAUCCAUCCUUAAAGGGAGACCUGUAUUCUAUUCGUUUUUGUAUAUUAUUAAUAGGAGAACUCAAUAAAAAAUAGGUUUUAUGGUCACAUUAGAUAAUUUUAUGCGUAGGAACAAAAUCCUUACUAUAUAGUUACUGAGUAGAAAAAAAGUCUAGAAAUAGAUGAAAAAGAGGAGUUGUAAUAGAGAGAUAUCACUUCAUUAUGCAAAAAAAAUACCAUAUUCAAAAAUAAAAAUUUAAGUAAUUUAUAUUGAUAAUUAAAAUAGAUAAUAAAAAAGUGAUAAUUAAUUUAAAACCGAAUUCUUUAGAUAAUAUUGAUUAAAGUAAUAUGAUUUAAGAGAUAAGCAAAAGAAAAAUGAAUGAUAUGGAUUUUGAAUAAUUCUUUGUUUCAGAAUAAUAAAGAGAUAGUUCAUAUUCAAAGCAAUUAUACAGAUGCAAUAAUAUAGAAAAUUAUUCAAUAAUAAAUUUCUAAUCAAUUGAAUAUGAUAAUAAUGAAGAUUCAUUUAUGCAAAUAGAAAAUAGAUUGAUUACGUCAACUUAUGAAUUCGAUUUUAUGUAAAAUUAGCAACCUAAAAUUUGCAGUGAUCAAAAUGCAAAAUCUUGA